UGUUCAGCUCUAUCGUUGCUUACACCCCCAUUGCCUACCCAUAGUUUUUGAGUAAUUUCCAAAAACUGAUGUACCUGUUUUUUGGAAAUUUGAUUGUUUAUAACUUGUAAUUUUUUAUGUGUGUCUCACAGUUUUGCACGUUUUUCUAGAUGUCAUUAAAAAUCCAAUGAGCUCUUGCAUAUAUUUUAAUCUGCAGUAGCAAGAAUUUUCACGUCAUUGGAUUUGCAAACUAGACAUAGCAGCGCGUGCAAGGAUCUCAUUUUUCGGCCAUCUACAUUACAUCUACAGUCCCACACAGGUUGAGCUCACCCACACUGCGGAAGCUACUCGUGUGUGUGGGAUCCGCGUAUCCAAGCCUUCAAGAUACCUAGUAGCGCGCCUUGGUGGCUGGAUACGAAACCGUUUUUUCCCUGCCGUCUCAGUAGUUGAAACCCGUAGGAAUAAAAGCUGGUGAAGUGCCGACUCUGAUGAACCACCGAAUUACAUCUGUAUAAAUAUGCAGGACCCUAAAUUAAUUCCUAUGUUGAUUAGUAAUUAAAGAUUACUAUAGCGCGUAUGUGGAUGAUCCCUACAAUAGUUUAAGUAGUAGAAUUCACGUAGCUUGAGUUCAAUUGGGUCAGCAUGGAGCCGAGGUUAAGCGACUCAAGCGACAGUGAAAAUGACCCUCCCCGUGUUGGCUUUGGGGGGCAAUCCAAGAUCAAUGUUAUCAUUGAACCAGAGGAAAGUCUAGAUGGUGAUGGACAAAAAUCAUCUAGCUCAGAUACAGAGCCAAAAACAACGAUGAAUGAUCUCAGUCACCAAUUGAUAAAUGAAACACAUUCUAAGUUAGGACGAAAGCGGGGCCAUAAAAGUACAGAUUCAGAAGAAAGUUCUGCACUUCCUAUCAAAAGAAGUCGUAAUGAAGAUGUGGCACACAGCAGCAGUACAGCUGAUGUCAAAGUCCAUAGAAUGAUGGCUAAUAUGGGUUAUAAGUCAGGAACUGGGUUAGGUAAAAAAAGCCAAGGUCGUUUAGAACCAGUAGAAAUGUCAACCCAGCGCGGUCGCAGGGGUCUGGGCCUGCAUAUACCAGGUUUAGAUGCUGCGAGUCAGCAAUGGGAUCCAACUCUAGAAGAAAUAAAAGUCCAAGAGGAUAUGGACUGGUUAAGAAAUACGCACUCUUCAGCACCAACUAUAGACGAAUUACAGAACUGGCUGGAAUUUGGGCCCAAAAAGUCUGUAAUUGAUGAUGAGCUUUCAUUCUGUAAUGAAGAUAUUCUGCGAGGUGUUUUGAGUGCAAAGUCUGUAUUCGAUAGACUUGAUGGACAUGAGUUACGACGUGCUCGUACACGUUCAAAUCCAUUUGAGACAAUUCGAGGAGCAUUUUUCCUAAAUCGAGCAGCUGUUAAGAUGGCUAACAUAGAUAAAGCUUGUGAUUUCAAGUUCACCGAACCGCAGAAUUUACAUCCAAAUGAGUUAUUAUAUUUUGCAGACGUUUGUGCAGGACCUGGAGGAUUCAGCGAGUAUGUUUUAUCGAAAAAACAGUGGCAUGCUAAAGGAUUUGGUUUCACACUGAAGGGGGAGAAUGAUUUCAAAUUAGAUGAAUUCUAUGCAGGGCCGUGUGAAACUUUUCAUCCAUACUAUGGACCAAAACAAAAUGGAGAUGUCUAUGAUCUUGAAAAUCAGACAGGGUUUCGCAAUUUGAUAAUGAAAGAAACUGGAGAAAAAGGGGUACAUUUUAUGAUGGCUGAUGGUGGUUUUUCAGUUGAAGGUCAAGAAAACAUCCAAGAGAUAUUGUCCAAACAAUUAUAUUUAUGCCAGUGUCUAGUAGCUCUUAUGAUUGUGAGGGAGGGCGGCCACUUUGUAGUGAAACUAUUUGAUCUCUUCACCCAUUUCAGUGUUGGUCUUGUUUAUUUAAUGUAUCGCUGCUUUGAUCGGAUUUGUAUAUUCAAACCCAAUUCUUCUCGCCCUGCAAAUUCUGAGAGAUACCUAAUAUGCCUGCAUAAGAAACCGAAUGUGUCACAUGUAACAGAAUAUUUAGCAAAGAUAAAUAAGAAACUUCUUCACCCAGGGCAAAACAAUGUCGAUGUAGUUCAAAUCGUAUCUCCAAGCGAAUUAGAGAGUGAUAAAAAUUUCAAGACUUACAUAAACGAGUCGAAUGACAUAUUGGGUAGAAAGCAAAUUAUAGGGCUCAUUAAAAUAGCUGCCUUUUGUAACAAUCCUACUCUCACGGAACCAACUCAAGCAGACAUGAGGAGGGCGUGCCUGGCUCAUUGGGGUUUGCCGAUCAAAAGUCGAACGGCGCCCAACGUUGGUAACCCUCAAGCACGCUUGCAGAGCCUAUUUACAAGUUCUUCUCUGAGCUUCCUCUCGGCGUCCCACAAUGAACUUUCAGAAAAAAAUGUCGCCACUUUAGUUGCUUCUCCAUUGGACUGGUUUUGCAUGCCUAGUGCAUCAGGCAGAGAAUCUGAUAAACAACUGGCUAUGCUUUACCUGGGUCUUGGAAGAUCUAAUGUGUUUCGAUUGGAGAAAGGCACCUGGAUACGUGAAACGAACCUUACAUUAGAACUUCCCGCAAAUACCCUUGUGUUUGCGGAAAAAGUCAGUGAGCUGCGGGGGGAAUGGCGCUCACAGCUCAAAACUUUUGCUCUUCAUAUUUUUGACGCUCAUUUCCUUGGUGGUGUCAAUGUCAGUCACAUGCAUUUGACCGAGAGAAUGGCAAAUAUAACAAAAUUCUGUAAUGCUCUGAGGAAACCACAAGAUCCGACACAUCAGCAACAGUACGCACGAGUGCGUGCUAAAAAUCUGUAUAGACUACAAGCAGGCUUGGAAAACGAUUUAUAUCCACGCCUGAAAACUCGAUCCAUGAAGAGAGGUGGUUCUCCAGCUAUGACCUAUGAACCAAAACCGGACUCUAACUUAAACGAUAGAAGUAGCGAUGAGCCCUAUUAUUUCGUGAUGAACAGUAUCCUCUUUUUAAAAGCAACAAAAUACCCGUGGUCCAGAAAUCUGAGUCGUUCAACAAAUCACCACUAUUACUUUAAUUGUAAAACGAACGAAAAAAAAUAUGAAGUAGACAGGCCAGCUAAUGCUGUUGCUAAAUUUGAUGACAGUUUUACAAAACGAAUCGUUUGGUUUUGGCCACCUUCUCGUGACCUGACUCGAGAUGAUCUUGCAAAUAGGGUUAGAGCCAAGCCCUAAUUCUUCUGAAAUGUUGACAAAAAAACCUGCAUAUCAAAGGUUAUUGCAAAUUAUUGUGAUGAAGACUAUCAAUUAAUUGACCAUACCAACGUUUGAUUCAUAAUAGUAAACUUACUUAUUUUGAAGAAUGAGUAGGGCCGAUACUCAAUGCUGAUAAUUAGUGCAGAUAAGUACCAAAGCUCCUCAUUUACCAUGAAAGUAUAUCGUCAAUUUCUGUAUCUUACCAAUUUCUGUCUUCUAUUGUGCCAUUCUUAAAAAGAAUCUCAUCUUCAAUUUUCGUCAAAUAAAGCUGCCUUGAUUGAAAGACAGUUCUGUUCAAGAUGUUUCCAAAGGACUUGCUACAUAAAUUUGAAAGAUGAAAAUUAUCAGUACCAUUAUCAUUUUCAAUAUCGUUAUUAUUGUUAUCCAAAUGUUGAUCAUUUUCUCUAAAAUGAAAGAAAAAUAUUUAUUUUUGUCAAAGAUGUAAAUUACAAAACUUUUCCGUAAUCA